AAUUUGCUGAGCUUUAUGUGUCAGGGCAAAAGGCAGCCAUGGCAGUUGUGUUUCGGUGUUGUUAAAGCACAGAAUUAUAGGCACCGCAAGCUUGCUGCAUCUGGGGUUAUCAACAUCUCAAUCACAUUUGGCUAUCUGACAUUUCCAUAGGGCUUUGGUGGCCAAUUGCUAUUCUUCUAUAUAUCGAGGAGUUCCAACAGUUCUGCUACCCGCACUGAUUUUCAUUUCCCUCUACUUUCAGAUUCAAGAGCUGGAGAUGGAGCUCCCAGAAGUGUCGACCAUGCAGUCAUUGGAGGAGUGGUUGCGGUGGUUGUUUUCGCAAUGCUCUGCCUACUCAUUGUUUUGGGUCGAUACUUUGCAAGACACAAAGGUACCUACUUCACACAUGAAGCCAAAGGAGCAGAUGACGCAGCGGAUGCAGACACCGCCAUUAUCAAUGCAGAGGGUGGCCACAGCAACUCGGAUGAAAAGAAAGAAUACUACAUCUAAUCAAAAAACCCGCACUCCAGUGUCCUACUUCUGAGCUGUUUUUGGGGACUGGACAGAGGGGAUAGGUGGGCGUUGAAGGAGGGAUUUUAAGUUGGAUUGCUUUUAGUGAGAGUAGUGGGGUCAGUGGUUGGAGGAGAGAUUGAGUUUUACAGAAAGCCCUGGUUGUAAGAUGUUGUUUAGUCUAGUUUGCAGAUGUAGAUGGAAUGUUUUGUGUGUUUAAACAAAAAAAAAAAAUUUAAAAUCAAAAAAGGACAAAAAACGUUGGGGUUUGGGUUUUCAGUAAGGAGCUGGGUUGGGGGUGGGAGGGUACACCAGAGGUUGCCAGAAAUCACUGUAGAGAGUUUCACCAUUCAACAACUUCCUAACUGCUGGUACAAAUUUUUUUUCUUUCCACCGUUUUCAGAAAAUUUUGUGCCUUGUUCUAAAUUAAUUUUUUUUUUGUUCUCUCUGCACUUUGCAUCUGUAUUGAUCAUCAUUUUCGUAACCUCUUUGCUCCCCUUAUCCCCGUUUCAUCUGUCCCACAUAUAAUUAUCAAUGUUGGCUUUUGUAUGAGAGUAAAAUGGCAUAGCCACUUUAUUCAUUUCACUAAAUGUUUCUGCACACACCAGUCUUUUCCUGCUGAACAAAAAUUAUAUCCCGUAUACUGUGAUUUGUCUUAAGCCAUUUCUUCCUUCUAUUUUCCCUAAUUUUUCACAUAUAUAAGAAGAAUGCAUGUAAUGCUUUACAUGUCAUUGUACCAUGGACACAUGUAUACAUACAUACAGGCUGGCUUUACUGGGCUUUCCAACACAUACCCUUAAAACAGAUCAUUUAAAAAACAGCAGUGAAAGGCAGUACAGAUAUAUUUCUGUAUUUUAUCAGACCUGCUCAGUUUUUAGAUAAUGUGUAGGAACCUUAAGUUCACAAACUUCCACAUCGGUGUCUCUAAAACCUUCCUUUCUAAAGCAUAGAGGCAAAUUAUUUUUGUUUUCCUUGUGCCUCUGUUUUGUUAUUUUUCUUAGAUAAUUUGUUAGGGUUAGCUAUUUUGGAAGCCUGUUUUCCAACAAGUUAGAAAAUAAGUUGUUUUUUUAACUAUAUUUUUGGACAUAUCCUUAAAUGUUGAGCCUUGAAAACAUCCAUUGAAAAUAGCUUGGGUAUUCAUUUUGGUGUAGUGUACAUAACUGUGUUGACCAGAGAAGCAGCCUCAACCAACCCCAAACCAAAACGUGCAAAUUAAAGUUAUGUUCCAGUUCUGUAUCUUGAAAGUCCAGUUCCUGCUUCAUACAUACUUUCUUCAUGUUAUGUUGUCAUACAAUGUAAAAAUAAGCAAGUGGAAUCCCAUUUGUAUUUUACAGUAAUACUUACGUAGAAAUAAUUUUUACAAAAUUAAAAGAAUUACAAAUCCAAAAACUCAUGGAUCUUAUUAUAUCACGUUCAUUGCAAGCUAAGUCAAAUGUAGGGGAACAUAAAUGUUAAAACUGAAAUGCUGAUGAGAGACCAACCAGACUUUCCAGACUUUAUUAAGAUUACAUCAUCUUAACAUAAAUGGUUUGAACAAACUGAACAAAUGUCAGUAUGGGCUAGCUGAGCCAGGCUAAGGAUGCCAAAAGUCAUGUACACAUGUUGGGGUCUAUGUCUUUAUCCAUGGUUAGCAUUAGUGCCCCAGCCUUUAAACAUGGCAGACAGGGUCUACCGGUAACAUUGUCUGUCAUUAUUAUGCAUUUACAUAGCAAUCAGCAGAAUUAAUUAAUAAUUUCUCUCUGUGAAUAUGAACAUCUGUGAACAACUGCACUUGGCAACUUCUAGGUUCCAAACAAGAAAAAUCACUACGUCACAUGAAAUUUAAACCAUCAUAUCAACACAAAUCAUUAAUAUAUAUCACCAUCCACAUCAGUGGUAACAAGCGCUCAUUAAGUUUGAGUUUAGGGGUAAACUUUUAAAGACAAAGCAACACAUAUCAGAUGCUAUUCCCAAUCAUAACUGCCUUCACAGGAUUACAAAGAUCAAAAAGGAUACAAAGCAGCUAGAUGGCUAGCGAGCUGUUUUGGUGGUUAAUGCCAACAUCGCUCUAGAAAGUGUUCAGUGUGGUUGUGGCUGUCCUGUUUCUGUCCUAAAAGGACCAAUUGUCUUUAUAAGCAUGUGCAGAGAACAAAAGCUAUCUCAUGUCUGAUCUGAAGUUUGUAGUCUAAUUCUCAUUAGUCAAAAAAGCCUCAGAAGGGUUUAUCUGUUGCUUCAAGCAUUCAGUCAUAGACAGAUUAUAUCAAUCUGCCUGCAGACCCAAAGCUCUUUUCCUCUAUGGUUCAGUCAUGCGGGACUUUGUGCAGUAUUGAGAAAAAAUAAUAAUUUUGCAGGCUUGGACCACACAGCUUUUAGGAGUGGUCAAAACGUUUGCCAAAUCACAUGAGGCGUUAACACUGGGACAAAACCUGAACUGUUUUGUUUUAUGAGUCAGUGAAGCAGAACAAUUGAAAUUAUUGGGCCCCUCUCAGACCUUUCCCUUUAGGAAACAAUUUCAAACACUUGUUUUACAAAAAGAAACAUGUUUCUUUAGCUUUAUAAAUAAGAGGAUCUGAAUUUGAAAGUACUUCUUCACUCUGUCAAUGAAAUCUGCCUCUUUCUCAAUGUUUUUCCGUCUUUCCCUUGUGUCAUUUAUAUCCCUGGAUUCAGGGAGUCCUGGGGUAUGAAUGACCACAGAAGGGCAGACGAAAGUUAGACAUAGGUUUGCUAAUAAUUAAUGGGGCCACUCUGACGUUUGUAUUGCUUGUCCUUUUCUCAUUGGCUGUAUCUUUUCUUCAUUUAUUUGCACCUUUUGACUCAUACCAUUACUGCAUAUCACCUUCGUUCUUCACUGUGAAUUUUACCAAAAUGCUUUCUAUUCAAACAUUUAAUUAUGUCAUGAUCAUAAACACAAAAUUUGAGAUACUGUAUGUAUGUCAACUCUGUUGAAUUAACACGCACUGAACUCCACCCGUUAGAAAAAUUAAUGGAUUCCUUGUUGCUUGCCUUCAUAUACACCUGUAUCUUAUGAUGAUUUAUCGCAAUGUUGAACCAUUGGAUUGGACUAUUUUAGUGUGAAACUUAGAUUGCAACACAUAACCUGUGAGAUAGCUUUAAUACCAUGAUCAUACAUGAAGACAGCAUUCAGUCUUUCCAUAUUGAGAUUUGGGGGGGUCAUGGGUAACCAGAUGCAUUCAAUUUGGACCUUUUGUUGUGCAGAUUUAACUUUAUUGAACACACUGCAUCUGUGCUUAUGAAGUGUCAUUUACUGUUGUUGAACGUGGAGGUGGCUGUAUGUAGCUGUGCGAUUAAUUUUAAUCUUUUCCACUGGUGGUGGUUGUAGAUGAGCGUUAGAAGGAGGUAUGUUACGUCCAACUUUGUCCAUUUGUUUCCUCUUCUGAAACUUGAGUUACUUUAGUCACAAAGGAGUUCCCACUAAGUCGACACUGUAUGCUUAUGACACUGUUUUGUGUUUGUGUUAAAUGGCAGGGUGGGGGCAGGGUAGGUUACUGAUUAAGUUUAAUGUUCAUCGUCUGCUGUCCAAUUGAAAAAAAACUAUGAAUUGACUUGUUAUUGUUGCUGUAUGAAUCACAGAGCAACUGUCACUUCAUCUGUUAGACUGAGACAGUGUGAUUUGUAUUUUCCAGUGUGCACUAUUUUGCUUAAGUGACACGUGGCAGCUUCCAUUUAAAUCCAACUUUAAUGUACUUGUCAAUAAAGGAAUAGAACUGAAUAUUGUCUUCUCCCCCAAGCCUUAAAGGCUUAUGAAAUUUCUGAGUAUUGAACCUUUUUAAUGGCUUUGAAUGUCAGUUGUUUUAUCAGAUGUUGAAAAAUAACAACAUGAAAAUUAUUUGAAAAUAAUUUAUUAAUCUGACCUGUUAAUACAGAGCAGGAUGAUACAUUAGGUAACUGUGUGUAUGAUUUUAAUGACAUUCUCUGUAGAACUUUUAACUUAAAGUAAAACUGAGGUAGUUUUCUCCACAAUAAAUUCUUUAAACAACAUCCUGUCUCAGGUUCAUGCAUUUCUAACAGAUAUGACUGUAUCUCAGGUAGAAUGCAAAGUUUAGGCCCCACCUCUCGGUGACAUCAAACAAGUAAAAUACAUUUAUUACAUCAAGUGCAACACACUCUUUUAGGUCCACAAUUAGAUAUUUUGCAUAUAUGUUGUACAUGUUUUAUGUAAUUUUCUUAAUAUUUGGUGCACUGUAAAGAUGUGUUAUGUAUUGCUCUUUUGUUAACAAAUACGGUAAAUUUUGGAGUUAAGCAGGAUCAGAAAUCUAAAGUUUCUGUUCAUCUGUCCCUUUGAAAGUUCCACCUUUUUUGGAAGUUAAUUUGAUUUCCCCAAAAGUUUUGAUUGUUUCACCACUUCAUUGUUUUCAGAUUACAUUUUUUUUGUCUUUUUUUUGUCUCUCUGCUGUACUUGGGAAAUGUAAUGUGUAUUAAUGGAGAAAAGGAGUUCCAUAUUCCCAUACACAUUUUGUAUUGGUUCAUAAAUAGACAUUUUUACAAAGCAAUGAAGAGUUCUUGUCUUAAUAAAAGAAAAGAUAUUAAUGUCCAAAAUAAUAUGUGUUGAUUUUACUUUUUCUUGUCAUUUUUACUUUAGAAAG